AGCCAGGUCUGUAGGGGAGAAUGAGCCGAGUCGGAACCGGAGAAAGGCGACCCACCGAGCUGUAGUGGGAGGCAGUGAUUCCGUUUGACGUCCAGAUGGCAAUGGUUCCUCUUUUGAAUGGAAAAGAAAUUCGCCAUGUUUACAGAUGGAAUAUUGUGAUAUGGUGAAAUAUUUACACUUAUGAAUUAGUUUAUUGUCAGUGUCGUGGAGGUAUCUAACAUCUUUCAAGCUGGAUAGAUUACCCGAAUAUCUCCGCGAUACCGUGGACUGGUUUAUGGGAAAAGCCCGUCGCAAAGACAGAGAAUCUUCAUCAGUUUGUUCCGAAGAGCCAAAAUUUUACUUAGAAGAAGCUGUUUUAGAAAGAAAGUUACCGGAAGUAGAUUUAAAAAUUUUAGUCGAUUUACCAACAGGGCUAGACUAUAAUGAAUGGCUUGCCUCACACACAAUUGCGUUUUUCGACCACAUCAAUUUAGUUUAUGGAACUAUAUCGGAAUUUUGUACCAUGUCGGGCUGUCCAGAUAUGACAGGCCCCCAACUUAGAACUUAUUUAUGGUUCGAUGAAAAAGGGAAAAAAACUAGGGUAGCUGCGCCUCAAUAUAUAGAUUAUGUUAUGACAUUUACGCAAAAAACUAUAACAGAUGAAAAUAUAUUUCCUACAAAAUACGCAAAUGAAUUUCCGAAUUCUUUUGAAUCGAUCGUACGUAAAAUACUCCGCCUACUGUUCCAUGUAAUGGCACAUCUGUACCACUGCCAUUUCCGUGAAGUCGUACUUUUAAACCUUCACGCCCAUUUAAAUUGCCUCUUUGCACAUUUGAUACUGUUCAACGCAAGGUUCAAUUUAAUCGAUCCGCACGAGACUGAAAUACUUUCAGACCUUGUGACCGCUCUAAAACUUUUAGAAACUGACCAGGAACAACCGCAACAACAACAACCACAACAGGAAACUGUUCAACAACCAGUACCACCAGAGCAAAACAACGCUCAAUAGGCUGUGAAUACACUCUUGCACCAGCUGCUUGAUCUCUUUCCUUUAACUUUGUGUAUAGAGCUUGAAAAAAAAAAAAAAAAUUAAAAAAAAGAGUAAAAAGGAAAAAAAUUAUAUAUAAUGAAAAAGAGAAAAAAAAACCUUAGUAGUAUAGAGCUCUCAUAAGUCUUACCUUGGUUGUUUUAUCCAUCACGCACUCAAGGUGGACUUGUUAUGUACUUAAAUUGGGCUUCAUGUUAAGCUGUUGUUAAUUAUUUGUUAGUUAUGUAUACAUAAUGUACAUAGUGUAUAGAGACUGAAUGCUCCUUUGUGGUAAGUACAUAAGACACUGUUAAUUAUCUUGCCCUGACCGAAAAAAAUUGAGGCUGGUUUAAAAAAAAUUAACUUUUUUAAAAAAUAAAAUGACCAGCUAGUCAAGAGUAAUAUAUUAUAACACAUUUAAAGAGUACCAUAAAUGGCCUUCGGUCGAGGACAAACAAGUGUUAAAUCUGACAGAUAGUGUCCAAUCAAGGUCGAUAGAAAAUCACAAGAUUAGUCGGUUUGAUGAAAUGAACAAAUGAAGUGAUGACUUUUAAAAUGUAGUAUAUUUGUAGAAAUAUUGCUUUUAAAACAUUUUAAAAAUUGAAUUGACUCUCCCGAUAGAAAUAGAAAUAUUCCAAUUAAUAUACGGAGAUUUUAAUACUCUGCUUAAUUGUUUUUUUGUUUUCAUUUGGACGUUUUAAGCGUUUUAAAGCAUAAUGAAUUGUAAUGACAUUAGUGCCAACUUUUUGAAAUCUGCUUCAUUCAAUAGUUUUAUUAUUGAAACUAUGAAAGCCAGUGGCAUUGUAUUAACUUGUGGAUUCGCCUUGUAGACAUUUGUCCUUCUUAAAAAAGAUCUAGGAGGGGGGGUCGGCAUAAUAUUUUUAUAAUUUGACCGUUGUAAUUGUCCCUAACUUUUUUUUAAAUCAAUCUUGGAUCUUCUACCGACCUUGUUCAUUAAUGUUGUUUCCUUGUGAAUAUAACAUUUUCGUUUUUAAUUUUGCCCGUUUACAACAAAGUUUGUUUUUAAUUAACUUUAAAACACAGCACUUGUGGUGCACUUGUGAUGUGAAAUUGUGAUUUGUUAGAAAGUUUCUUGAACAAGAAAAAAAAUGCUUAAUUGGUUUUUAAAUGUAAUUUUAUUAACAAACAAAAAAUAAAUUAUUUGCUUUCUCCUUUUCUAUUUUAGAUCAAUAUUUUUGUGUGUUAUGUCCAAUAGACAGUAGUUUUAAUGUUUCCCUGCCAAAAACAAUGGUAAUUUAAUAUAAAAAAAGUUAAAAUUUUUACUCCCCCAACUUCAAAAAAGAAAAGAAAACAAUUUUUGUUUAUUUAGGAACAAAGUGGUAAUAAAAUAUUGUAUUAAGAGAAAAAACAAAAAACGAAUUAAAACUUAUUUUGCUUGUAAAGAACUAUUUUUGAAUGUCAUGUUUUUGUUUCUGAUACUUCUUAGGCUAGUGAUUAUUAAUUCCUUGGUUGUUUUGUUUUUACUUAUUUAAUUUUUAUCAGUUGACAAUAUACUAUCUGUGUAGUCACUGUGUACAUAUAUGUUAGUAAUGCUAGUUUAAUCUACACAAAACACAUUCACCUAGGAAGAAAAAAAAGAAUAAAAUAAACAAAUAGACUGCAAGAAAGCUAUAUCCUUAAUUUUAUGUAUAGAGAGUUAUUGAGGAAAAAUUUGAGUAAAAUAAAUAUUAUAUUCGUGA